AUGUGGAAGCAGUUUCUUGGCAAGAUCUCGCGGAAGUCCCCCAAAUCCGGCGGGGGCGGGGGCUCGCCGCCGGCGAAGUCCCCGUCGUCGCGUGGCGCCGCCAAUGGGGCGGAGGCGGAGCUGAGCGCUUCGUCGCCGGCGGCCUUCCCCGCGCCGUCCGGGGCGGAGACCAGGGAGGACGUGUUCCUCCGCAAGCUCAACGUCUGCUGCGUGGUGUUCGACUUCGCCGCCGAGCGGGGGAGGGACUCGCCGGAGGUGGAGAGGAAGCGGCAGGUGCUCGUGUCCCUCGUCGACUGCGUCUCUGCGGCCGAGGAGCCCCUCACGGAGGCGAUGCUCUCGGCCUGCGUCCGCAUGUUCGCCAUCAACCUCUUCAGGGUCUUCCCGCCCAAGCUCCGCUCUGGCGCCAGUGCCGCCACCGACGAGGACGAGCCGUUCUUUGACCCCUCGUGGUACCACCUCCAGGUCGUGUAUGAAUUGCUCCUACGGUUCGUCAUGUCCCCGGCCGUCGAUGUCAAGGUUGCUAGGAAGUACAUGGACAACUCCUUCAUCUCUAGGCUUCUUGACCUGUUCGAUUCUGAUGAUCCUAGGGAGAGGGAAUGCUUGAAGACAGUGCUGCACAGGAUAUAUGGGAAAUUUAUGGGCAAUCGCCCGUUCAUUCGCAAGGCUGUGAGCAACAUCUUCUAUAGGUUUGUGUUCGAGACAGAUCGCCACAAUGGGAUUGCGGAGCUACUGGAGGUGUUUGGGAGUGUGAUUAGUGGCUUUGCAAAGCCAUUAAAGGAGGAGCAUAAGUUGUUUCUAUGGAAGGCAUUGAUUCCACUUCACAAGCCGAAGACGGUUGGAGUAUAUUUGCCACAGUUGACAUACUGCAUUACACAGUUUAUCGAGAAGGAACCAAAGCUCACAGGGACUGUUAUCAGAGGCCUCCUGAAGUAUUGGCCGGUGACGAACAGUCAGAAGGAGAUGAUGUUCUUAGGUGAGUUGGAGGAGGUCCUAGAGUUGACAGAAAUGGCAGAUUUCCAGAAGUGUGCGGUUCCCUUGUUUCGCAGGAUCGCACAGUGCCUGAAUAGCUCUCAUUUUCAGGUUGCUGAAAGGGCCUUAUUCCUGUGGAAUAAUGAACAUUUGUUCGACCUGAUCUCCCAAAACCGCCAAGUUAUCCUGCCAAUCAUCUAUCCAGCUCUGGAGAGGAAUGCCCGUUGGCACUGGAACCAGUCAGUUCUAAAUGUUACAAUGAAUGUCAGGAAAAUGUUCUUUGACAUGGAUGAGAGAUUGCUGUUGGCUUGUCAAACCAAUUUCCAAGAGGAGGAAAAGAAGCGAGCUGCAUCUGAGGAGCGAAGAAGGCUUGUAUGGGAGCACCUUGAGAGGAAUGCUGCAUUUCAUCCAGUAACCGGAGACAUUGGCUUUGCAGUUCCUCCUACAUCUGCUCCUCUGGUAGCUCCCACUAUGACAUGA